AUGCCACCUUCUCCCUCAACCAACGUCGCCACGUUGAAACAAGCAUUCGCACACUUGAAUGCUCGCAACAUCAACGGAUGCCUCCGCCUCAUGCGUCCAGAUUUCAUCAUCAACAUCGCCGAGAUGCCUUACCAGAAGCGCGGCCACGACGCCUGGAGAAAGCAUGCCCAGAUACUAUUCGAUACGUUUCCCGAUGUUAAAGUCCAUGUUGAAGACCUAGUUGCUGCGGAGGACAAAGUCGCUGUGCGUGUGAGGAUCAAAGGAACUCAUCGCGGGGAGUUCCUGGGGGUACGGGGCACAGGAAAGAUGAUUGACUACGUGAGCCAUGAGAUGUAUCGAUUUGAGAAUGGUGAGCUGGCUGAGGAGUGGAUAUGCUCUGAUAGUUUGACGUUGAUGACGCAGAUUGGGGCUUUGUCUAAGGGGCGACUUAUAUCGAUGUGGUUGUCGGGGUAUCGGUUCUGGCUGGGACUGGUUACGGGAUCCUUUUUCACUUGGUUUCUGCGGUAUGUGAUGUAG